UAGUGAAAAAAUUAUAUAAAUCAUAGUUAAAGCUAACAAUGUUGUCGAUUAACUUAUUUAAAUAAGUUAUCUUAUUUUUUAGUUAUAGUAUUAUCAUUUGAUAAUUGUAUACAAAUUUCUAUUAAAUAUGUUUUUGAAUAAUGUUUGUAAAUUAGUGAGUAAAACUUUUCAAAAUGUACCAAGUAGUCGAACAAUUAUUUCAAAUCCUUCUCUUCGCACUUAUGGUACGUUACUAAAUCAAGAGUAUAUAGUUGAAAAUAAAGAAGAAGAUAAUAAAUUUACCAAUGAAGUUUUAAAAAAUGUAAAUGAAGCUAUUAAGAAUUCCAAUCGUUUGUUUGCCGUGGUACAUAUAUGUGGUAAACAAUUUAAAGUAACUGAUAAUGAUUUGGUUUUAAUUGAUGGUUAUUGGCCACCAAAUGUUGGCGAUCGAGUGAAAUUUCAAAAGGUUUUGCUUGCUGGGGGUAUUGAUUUUACCCUGAUUGGAACACCUAUAUUAGAUCCUGAUACUGUUCAUGUUAAUGCAACAGUUGUCGAUAAAGAUCUAUCACAUACACGAACCAAUUUUAAACGUUUAAAACGUAAGCAGUAUAUGAGAAUUAACUUUAUUCGCAAAGAAAUAACAACUCUACGCAUUAAUUCCAUUAGGAUAGUUCAAGAUGUUGGGAAUAGGAAGGAUAUACAAUCUAUGGGAAUGUGUUCAUUUUAAUAAGACACUAAAAUUAUGUUAAAAUUAUUGUGUAAAAUAUAAUAAUGUAGUUUGAAUGAUUUUAAAGAUAUUGUUAAAUAAAAAAUGUUAAUAAAACAAACAUUUUACUUAA